GUAUCCCAGCACCGCACGGCUCGGCUCGGCUCUCUCUCAUCUCUGACCCGCUGGUAAACACAGCGUGUCGUGAUGGGAAGGGCUUGGCACAAAGCAGCGUGGCACGUUGUUGUUGUCGGAUACUAAAAACUCGCACACAGCCCGUCUGUCCUCUGUCUGACACUGACAGUGCGUCCGGCCAGCAGCAGCAGCAGCAGCAGCAGCAGUCGGUGCUCGAUUGGUUCGGUCUGGAGUAACCAUGGCAGAGUCAGAGGAUAAUGUUGCAAUUCCUGAGUUCAGCUGCCUUCUCCAAAUGGAUCCCUUUCUCAAAGCGUACGAGCGGGACUUCAAGAGGAGGUAUGAACUCCUACAGAAGCAGCUUUUACAGCUGGAAGAGGCGGAAGGAGGCUUUGACCAGUUCACGCGCAGCUACAAGACCUUCGGUGUGCAUCGACAGCCGGACAACAGCCUGAUUUUUUUCGAGUGGGCUCCGGCGGCAGAGGCCCUUUUCCUCGCCGGUGACUUCAAUGGCUGGGACAAAUUCUCCCACCCCUACACCAAGAAAGAAUUCGGCAAGUGGGAGCUGAUUAUUCCGCCCAAGCAUGACAAGUCUCCAGCUGUGGAUCAUAACACCAGACUCAAGGUGGUAGUUCACACCAAGGAUGGUGAGCGGCUGUACCGGAUCUCGCCCUGGGCAAAGUAUGUAAACAUGGAGGAGAAAGCUGUCGUCCUUGACUGGGUUCACUGGGAUCCCCCUCAGCCCUACACUCAAGUCCACCCUCGGCCAAAGAAGCCCACGAGCCUGAGAAUAUACGAGGCCCACGUGGGCAUCGCUUCACCUGAGGCGAAGGUCGCCUCAUACACCAACUUCACGACCAACGUGCUGCCUCGUAUAAAAGACCUGGGUUACAACUGUAUUCAGCUGAUGGCGAUCAUGGAGCAUGCCUACUAUGCCAGCUUUGGAUAUCAGAUUACGAGCUUCUUUGCUGCUUCCAGUCGAUACGGUACCCCGGAUGAGCUGAAGGAGAUGAUAGACGUGGCUCAUUCGAUGGGCAUCGUGGUGCUGCUGGAUGUCGUUCACAGCCACGCCUCCCAGAACGUCGAGGACGGCCUGAACCGCUUCGACGGCUCCGACUCCUGCUUCUUCCACUCUCCACCCAGAGGGGAGCACAAGCAGUGGGGCAGCCGCCUCUUCAACUACUCCAGCUGGGAAGUGCUGCGGUUCCUGCUGUCAAACCUGCGCUGGUGGAUGGAGGAAUACAGCUUUGACGGCUUCAGAUUUGACGGUGUUACCUCUAUGCUGUACCAUCACCAUGGUAUCGGCACGGGCUUCUCAGGGGACUACAGUGAGUACUUUGGCCUACAGGUGGACGAAGACUCUUUGGUCUACCUAAUGCUCGCCAAUCACAUCCUUCAUACCCUUUAUCCCGACUGCAUCACUGUUGCCGAGGAUGUGUCGGGGAUGCCUGCUCUCUGCAGAGGAGUGGAGGAGGGAGGACUCGGUUUUGAUUACCGACUGGCUAUGGCCAUUCCUGACAAGUGGAUUCAGAUCCUGAAGGAGUUAAAGGAUGAGGACUGGGACAUGGGCAAUAUCGUCCACACGCUGACCAACAGGCGCUAUGGAGAGAAAUGCAUUGCCUAUGCAGAAAGUCAUGAUCAGGCUCUGGUUGGGGAUAAGACUCUGGCCUUCUGGUUGAUGGACAAGGAGAUGUACACCAACAUGAGCUCCAUGACUCCCAUGACACACGUCAUCGACCGCGGCAUGCAGCUGCAUAAAAUGAUUCGCCUCCUCACUCACGGUCUGGGUGGAGAAGGCUACCUCAACUUCAUAGGGAAUGAGUUUGGCCAUCCUGAGUGGCUGGAUUUCCCCAGAGAGGGGAACAAUCAGAGUUACCACUAUGCCCGGCGGCAGUUUAACCUAUUGGAUACGGAUCAACUCCGCUACCAUCAGCUCUACGCCUUUGACCGGGACAUGAACCGUACCGAAGACAAGUACGGCUGGCUGGCCGCCCCACCUGCCUUUGUCAGCGCCAAGCAUCAAGGGGACAAGGUCAUUGUGUUCGACAGGGCAAAUGUGCUCUUUAUCUUCAACUUCAACCCCAGUAAGAGCUUCCAGGACUACAGGGUGGCUGUAGGAGCUGCAGGAAAAUACAAAAUCAAGCUGGAUUCAGAUGAGGCUCAGUAUGGAGGUCACGGACGGCUGGACCACAACACCGAGUUCUUCAGCGAGGCCGAGCACUUCAACGGACGCCCCAACUCCAUGAAGGUCUACAUCCCCUGCAGAACAGCCAUUGUCCUGGCCAACGAGGAGAUAGAUUACUGUUAUUAGAGGAUGAUUGUCUCCACAGAGACCAGGAUCGAGAAUGGAUUCCAACCUCAAACUGAGUGUUAACAAUCACCUUCAUCUUAAAGUGUCAACCUUGCACACCACCCAAACCCACUUUUUGUGUUUGAGUCUUUUUUUCCUAAAUGGGGAGGGAAAAAAAGGCAUUGUGAGCUUGUGUGCUUUCAAACACCAUCUGCAACCUUAGAUGCUGUGUAACCCCAUUUACUACAGAUUGGUCCAUUUGGGAAGCGUCCAACCUAACCAGCAGCUAGAUGCUAAAACUUAAAACCCCGCCGAGUCCGUCCACCACUAGCCAGCAGCCAUUUAUAGGCUCUGUUGAAUUUGGCGUGUCAUCUGACACACAUGACCGGCCACUGUGGCAGAGGGAAGACAACAAACAAGAUAAAAGCUCAGAGAAAAUACCAAUAUUUUUCAAAUGUUACAUAUGUAGAAGUAAAUUUGACUCGGUUUAAUUAUUUUGUAUUUAAUUACAGAUCAUGGUGUCAAGGUGUUAAGAGAUUUACAGUAUUACCAGCACUUGAAAAUCAAAACGUCCAGGUAUUUAAUCACCGUCUUUUUUAAUUUGCAUUUCGGGACCUUGUACGUAUAAAAAUAUUGCAAUUUGCACAAAGUAAUAAGCUGCUUUGAAUUAUUAUACUUUUAAUGGGUAUCUAAAACAGUUGUGUUGUAAUGCAGCUACUGGGAGCAUUUGUGUGGUUAUUUAUGGCCCUGUUGUUAAGCCAGUAAUUUGCAGCUGAAGCAAAGUGAUAAAAUCAUCUAAUUUGGAUUGUUCACAGUGUGUUGCAUAAUGCACAAGAAACAUUUUUAGCUGAAUUACACAGGUUUUUUUCUCCACUUAACCUAAAGUAAUGCAUGGUUUUCUCCCACAGUAGAUCCCAUUAACAUAGUUUAUGUCGUGUAUUUCACUAAACUCUGCUAAAAUACGUUAAUUUUGAUGAUUUUGUGUGGGUUUUACAGUUUUACAGGUCGGCUAUGACUCACACACCUCCCGGCUUUAAGAUACCAUGAUUCAUGUGCACUAUGUUCAUUAGAUACUGCAGCAUUCCUCAGGGAUUGUUGUAGGAAACAAACCCUAAAUUCACACAGAGAAUGACGUGUGCCUUUCCCAUUUACUGUAGCUCUGACUUUUAUUGUGACUUUUGUCUCCACACUGUUGAUGAUUGAACAUCUCAAAGACCUGCUGCAACCUGUGUUCCUCAUUGCUGUUAAUGUGAGAAGGUUGUUGAUGAACUAAAACGUGUAUGAACCGAAGAACAUCACUGGGACAGGUGACUGUUUUUUGUGACUGCUGUCAUUAAAAUGGUCUCACAUACAAGAGGUUUCAUCGUUUGAAAUAAUGUUUUUUGCAAAUGACUGUGAUAAUUGAUCUGCGAUAAUUGAUCUGCUUCUAGCCUUUAUGUUCUCUUUUGGUUUUUCUAAACAUCCGUUGCGAAUCGACGUGUGAAUGGAUGUCUUUUGGACAACUUUCAGCAUUCUCUGCACGUUGUUAUCAAAGCGUUGCCGUUAUAAGUGAAACAAGAGCUGAUUUUGAGCAUCCCAGAUAAAAGCUAUAAUGCCUUGAUUUACUGCCAUGGAGACUGUAAUUCUGUGAUCCACACCUACUGCAUUAGCACAGACUCUCAGCCAUUUAAGCCGUGUAUUGUAGCAUAUGGCAGGUUUUGAUCUGCCUUCCCCUGCAGCGGAUGAAAACAAAUUCAUAUUCAGGGCCAUCCUCCCGUGUUUAGCCAAAAGUGUCAUGAACAUAUCAUUUCUUUUUUGUGUAACACUCAAAAAAAUGCCUUUUCUCCACCUCUUGAAGAGCACUGAGAGGAUCUCUGCAUACAUUUCAAGCAACGAGGUUGAGAUUGAAGUGGAGUGUUUAAUCAUCCCUCAUCUGACCCAGUGUCAUUGUCGUUUUACCACCGCCAAAAUGAAUUGUCUGCAUUUUGUUCUCAAAAGUAAAAUUGAUGUGUGAUGCACAGUAA